AACACAACAGAAAUUAACAGUAAAAAAACUGUUUUCUGUUCUAAAGCAUUUCAUUUAAUUAAUAUUUGAGCUGAACAAUUGAAAUAAGAUAAUGUAAGAAACAGUGUCAAAUAAAACUAAACAUGGCUUACUAUUAAUAUCGUUGUAAACUGAUGGAAUAAAAAGUGUAAUUGCAUAGAAAUAAUAUGAUAAAAGAGGUUUCCACGAUGCUUAUGUUCCUGGUCGUCAUAGCGACGGGCAUGGUAGUGGAAGUCGGCUCUGAAAGUCACGUGAUGCACCACCGGGAUUUGCGUCACGCAUUAGACCACGCUUUUCAGACAGCUGAAGGAAGUCUGGCAAAACAGAUAGCAAUCAAUCAGGAAAUGCAUACGACGGGAGUUGACGGCGAACAGAGGCGUAGAAGGGGUCACUUUAUCAACAUGUUCGGUUGGAUAAAGAAGUUGAACGUCGAACAGUCCAAGAAAGCGUUUAUCUUGCUAGCUGCAUCGAAACAGAUAUCACAAUUAUUAGGUAAGACAAUUAAAGUGUUACAAGCUGAUCCUAAGUUUGUAAAGAUGUGGGCGGAGUUUGCCUCUCGAUACUGCAAGCCCCGCCUUCCUGCCUGUGACGUGGCGACACGCUAUAGGACAAUCGAUGGCUCCUGUAACAAUAUCAAACAGAUAACCUGGGGAAUGGCGGAACGACCUCAAGCUCGAUAUAUGCCACCUGUUUACCAUGACGGUGUGGGCACACCCCGUCAGUUCAGCAUCACUGGUUCUCCUCUCCCAAGCGCCCGCCAUGUGAGUAACGUGCUGCAUAAUGGCGGUGUCUCUGACCUGCUGGAACCAGUCGACUCGGCCAUGGUCAUGCAGUGGGGACAGACAUUGGAUCAUGAUAUGAUUGACACACCUGUUGUGAAAGGUCACAAAGAGAAUGACAUACAGUGUUGCCGGAUUGAUGCCAGUCUACGGGCGAAGAGGGCGCCAUGUUUCCACAUACAUAUCCCUAAGGGAGACCCGAGGUUUCUCUCCACAUGCAUGAACUUUGUACGGUCAGCACCAGCACGGGAUGAUUUUUGCAAAAUUUCACAACGCCAGCAAAUAAACCAAGCAACAGCUGUGAUUGAUGCCAGCUACCUGUAUGGAACCGAUCACGACACAAUGAAAACAUUGAGGACAUUUAAAGGAGGGUUGUUAAAGAUGACAGAUUCUGGCGCCUUUAUCCCAACAAAAGACCAGACUAGUUGUGAACGAGAUGUUCCCAGUGACUAUUGCAUGAAAUCAGGCGACCUGCGGAUACACGUGGUACCUAGCCUUGCAUCUACACAAAUCAUGAUGCUACGGGAGCACAACCGUAUUGCCACCAUCCUGGGAAACCUCAACACUCAUUGGUCGGAUGAAACAGUUUUCCAGGAAACGCGAAAAAUCAUUGCUGCUUUGAAUCAGCAUAUUGCCUUUACCGAAUAUUUGCCUAUAGUCAUAGGAGUCAAGACAAUGUCCAAGUACGGCCUCCGCUCCAAACCAAGAGGUUUCAACCACGUGUACAAUCCCAAGAUUGAUCCAACCAUCAGAAACUCCUGGGGUGCGGCCUCCUUCCGGUUUGCUCACUCUGCUGUACCCGGGGACAUUGGAGGUGUUAACAUGAAAGGGAUUCCCAGGACUACAACACUGGAGUCUACGUUCAACAAACCUACCAUGGUUCUAGAAAACGGAGGACGAGGAAGUGAUGACGUCAACAGGUGGCUGACUACAAACAGGGGAGGCAAACAGGAUCGGUUUCUCGACCCGGCGAUCAGGGACUUCCUGUUUCUGGACGAUACUGGCCAGAGUUUUGAUCUUGCCGCCUUAAAUAUACAGCGAGGUCGCGAUCAUGGUAUCCCAGGCUACAACGCGUGGCGGAAGUGGUGCGGACUUCCGGUUGCCUUUCACUUCCUUUCAAAACCUGGAGGAGUGGUAGACAUUCAUCCUGAUGCUGCAAAAGUCCUCGCAGAUGUAUAUAUGCACCCUGACGACAUCGAUUUAUACUCCGGAGGUUUGGCAGAGAUGUUAUUGCCAGGCAGUCGUAUGGGCCCGACAUUUGCAUGCAUUAACGCCAGACAGUUUCAAGAUGUGAAAUUUGGGGACAGGUUUUGGUACGAAAACAACUACCCGAGAACAGGCUUCACAUUUGAACAACUCAACGAAGUGAAAAAGAUGAAACUAUCCAAUAUAAUGUGUCAUACACAGCCAACAAAACUGGUUGCCAGAAACCUUUUUGAAAUUCCAUCAAAAAAAAAUCCUUUGGUAGAGUGUAGCCAUCUUGAAGACAUGGACUUGCGACAUUGGAAGGAACAUGUUUAUAUGACUAAGGGCCCGUACGUGCCCAUAAAACUCUUACAAAAGUAUUUCUAAAUGAUCAUAAGGAAUGUAAUAUAUUUAUUGAUAGGCAUGUUAUUCAGUCCAAAACAUACAAUAUAUAAUUAUAUGGUAUUUCAAUUGAUAAACACUCUUUACAGCAAAUUGCUAUUUUGCAGUUAAUU